UCUACCGUGAGCGUGCAGAGCUCUCAUCGCUAGGCCUAGCUAUAGAGUUUGGGGACUCCAUAUUUGCAUACUGUUUACAAAUUUGAUUAAGUUAAUGACGUCAGUUGUUGCUUGCCAAAUUCUUUCAGACUCUAGACAAUGUAAUGUCGCUGGUCCGCGCAGUACGUAUAUAGCCGAACUCAUGAGAAGACGCGGGGAAUACAAGGAAACUCUACAGAAAUACUUUGCUAGUCAUUCUUUUCUUCAGCUAGAGACACGUGCCAAUAUUUAUGCUAGACUUCCCACCAUAACAGUCCCAAUUAGACAACUCUUGCGUAUACGUGCGUCAUCUUUCGCGCAGUCGUUGCCAAGAUUGCAGAGAGCAGGGAACCGACUUCGCCCAUCCGAAGAACAGGCGAAGACUCUACUAUUUUCUCUAUAUAUUUUGUUAUCAUAUUAUGAGAGCCAUCUUUACGUCUACCUUCUUGGCUUCCACUAUCCAGCUCUGCAGAAAGGAGAGACUGAGGUCCAGUUACGGCUAGUUGAUGUCGCAGUUUCAAGCGAUCGUAGGUAAACAGUGCAGUCGCCGCCUAACGACGGGUAGCAGUUCAGUGCUCUCUAGACAAACAUCGCUUUUACAAGAACCACCAGCUUGUGUUGAUUUUGAUCCGGAAAGGCACUCAGUCAACGAGCUGUUGUACAGAUUGACUGCUGUACUAGCAUUACAGAAUUUGUAUUCAGAAGAAAUCAGAGAAAACAGAGAAUUGAAAAGUCGACUGCAAAUGCAUGAGAUACGUUCUAGUCAAGUAAGAGAAGAAUCUCAAGGGGAGAAUCCUCGAUCACUGUCUGUUGAUGAUGCCAGAAGUGACGGGAAUUGUCUCUUUCCUAAAUUGUACCAAAACUUACAAUUACAAUUGAGCGAACAAGCUAAAGUCAUUGCUCGUGUUGAAGGAAUGACUGCAUCAGGGCUAGCAAAGCAAUAUUGUGAAUUAAAAGAAGAGCAUCGACAUCAACAGAUGGUAAUUAAAGUGUUGAAGCAGGAACGUAAAACUUGCCGAGAGGCGCGGUCAUCUCUAGAUGAAGAUGAUGCAGCAAUAGAGAGAACGGUUUUGAGAAAAGAUAAGCUGUUGUACGACAACGCGGCGAUGCAAAUGUGGCGUGUGCGUGUGUGCGUGUGGUGCUAUAGCUCAGUUGGUUAGAGAGUCAUUCUAGAGAGUGUGUACAUCCAGGAUGCAGUUCAAGUCACAGUGAUGGCGAGCUAUGGCAUAAUUUCCUUGGGCAAGAAACUCACACACAAUUGCCUCUCUAUACUCAGGAGUAUAUGAGUACCCGGUCUUUGACUGGGGUGGCAAAGAUCCGGCUCCCGACUGCGACAAAGUCUAUCAGCCACUGGGGUCCCGUGUGGGACUUCGGAUGCCUAAUGCCCAUACCGCAGUUGGUGCUCCUGCGAGAACCUGCAAGCCCGGCUCCAGGAGAUUGCACGUCCUAUGGCCCCUGCGUAGUGCACAGGAACCCACCAUCCGGCUGUGGGUUGUGACCGUCACCAGCUUCUUAUCCAUUUGCGUGAUUGCAUUGUGAGUGCGUGCGUGCAUUGUGAGUGUGUGCGUGCAUUGUGAGUGCGUAUGUGUGUGUGUGCAUGCAUGCGUGCUUGUGAGCGCGUGUGACACACGGUGUGUGGUUGCGUGCAUGUUGACGUCGGAUGUUUUCUAUAGACGACCCUAACUAGAGAACUAAGUUUACAACUGCGAGAACGGACGCGCGAGAUUGACAAACUGCGUUGUAAACUAGACGUUGAGAGAUACGGACGUAAGGAGGCGCAACUGCAGCUCGGCUAUCUAUUGAACGAAUUCGUUCGGUGCUGCCUACAGAUACCUCAUGUGGCUAACGAUCCCAACCUAGAAAGAGUUCUAGAAGAGCUGCGAACAAAAUGCGAACAUUUGCCUGAGUUUGGUCUUCAACUGGCAGCUGCCAUUGAUGUAUUCCACGACGUUCCCACUGUCGUUGAAUUUCUUCAGAUUAAGGAUUCAGAAUCUAUUGACGUUGCCGAGCUGUCACUAGCUCAAGUUAGAGACAAAAUAACGGAACUUCAGGCAAACGAAAAACGGCUGAGACGCGAGGCAAAAACCCAAAUCAUUGACCAGAUGAGAAAGCGAAAACAAGGGUCCACAAAAAUCAAAGACUUGGAAGAAAGACUAGACAAAUGUGAGGCUGAAAAGAGAUUAAACGAGGAACGACUGAACGAUGAGAACCACAAACUACGACGCGAGCUCGAUGAACAUCGACGUACCUUGGGAAAUCGGAGUUCAUACGCUGCGGCGGCGGCUCAGUCUGUGAGAGCAUUAGUGGAGCUCGUCGAAGAACAGAAAAUGGAGCUGAAAGCUGGAGGAGAAAAUCUCCGCACAAAGGUCCUAUGUCUUCAAAAGACUGUAGACGAAUUACAACGUGACAAAAACGAACUUGAAUGCAAUGUUGACCACCUUAGAUCUACGGCACUAGAAGAGGCAACUGCAAAAGUGAAGGAAGAUUUGGAUAUGUUAAGGUUAGAAUGUGGCAGACUACAGAGUGAUAGGAAAUCGUUGGAAGAACGGCUGAAGGUACUACAAGAGACAAAGAAACGGGACAGCAUCAACAACCGGUCCCUGUCUGAAACAGUGGAACGGUUGGAGCGUCAGAUUAGAGAAUAUCAGUCUGAGAUGGAAGCGAUCCGGAAAGUUAAUGCAUCACUAUCUGAAGCUAAAGAGAGGGCAGAGACAGAACUUGAGGCCUUCAAGAAACGUGCACAUAUUGUACUCGGCGAACAACAGAAUCCUGUGUCAGUGCGGCUCGGGGAUUCAUCUGGAAUCGGUUCACAUCAGUCCACUAGCAGCCUACAUUCUCAAGUGGGUUUUCACAGCCUUGCUCAAUCACAGUUUCAGUCUGACACCGUAGAGCCAGACCAUCUUGUCCCUCGUACAUCAACAGCUGAUGAUGUAAUGACUCAGUCUCUACCCCCAACGCUGCACAGCCUUGCUCCGUAUCAACGGCCUUCUACAAUGAAUUACCCAAACGAAGAAAGGCUCAAACGCAUAGAAUCUCAAAGACGAUCGUCUCUGCAAAGCAGAGAAGGCGAAACAGCUGCCACAAAUGCUGCCACCGGCAUUCGUGUAGACUCCGGUCUUAGUCAUGGAGUGAGUGACAUCAGGCGCGGUGUCAUGUACACGAGAAGUCCCGUAUCUGUUGGCAGAUCCUUGUACACGUACAGUCUUCCUACUCGAAAGUCAAUGCAAUGUCUUAGAUGUAAUUCGUUGUUUUCCGUUGACGACCUCGACAAGUACGAAAAGCACAUCAAAGAAUGUUACUCCGACGUUCAAUAAACGAGCAGCAAUACGAUGUAAAACUGAUCAUUUACUCAAUGUUUAUAAUAUAGAUAGAUAUACGCUGAUUAUGUUUUACCAAUAGGUUUGCUAAACUUUGUAUAGCUUCAACUUACUAUCUCCGGUAUAUUGCAAUUGCCCACGAGUUUAGAAACUGCACACAACGAUUAGAAAUUUUGGUAUAUAGAAUUACGUAUAGAGUAUAGCUGUAUACUGUUACAUAUAGACAAUAAAGUUUCUCAGCUACGUAGUUCAUGAAGGUUUGUAGCAUAAA